AUGUUUUCUCACGGUGGACGUGGAAGCUAUCUGUCCCCACAAGGAAUGUUUUCUCACGGAGGAUGUGGAAGCUAUCUGUCCCCACAAGGAAUGUUUUCUCACGGAGGAUGUGGAAGCUAUCUGUCCCCACAAGGAAUGUUUUCUCACGGAGGAUGUGGAAGCUAUCUGUCCCCACAAGGAAUGUUUUCUCACGGAGGAUGUGGAAGCUAUCUGUCCCCACAAGGAAUGUUUUCUCACGGAGGAUGUGGAAGCUAUCUGUCCCCACAAGGAAUGUUUUCUCACGGAGGAUGUGGAAGCUAUCUGUCCCCACAAGGAAUGUUUUCUCACGGUGGACGUGGAAGCCAUCUGUCCCCACAAGGAAUGUUUUCUCACGGAGGAUGUGGAAGCUAUCUGUCCCCACAAGGAAUGUUUUCUCACGGUGGACGUGGAAGCUAUCUGUCCCCACAAGGAAUGUUUUCUCACGGAGGAUGUGGAAGCUAUCUGUCCCCACAAGGAAUGUUUUCUCACGGUGGACGUGGAAGCUAUCUGUCCCCACAAGGAAUGUUUUCUCACGGAGGAUGUGGAAGCUAUCUGUCCCCACAAGGAAUGUUUUCUCACGGAGGAUGUGGAAGCUAUCUGUCCCCACAAGGAAUGUUUUCUCACGGUGGACGUGGAAGCUAUCUGUCCCCACAAGGAAUGUUUUCUCACGGAGGAUGUGGAAGCUAUCUGUCCCCACAAGGAAUGUUUUCUCACGGUGGACGUGGAAGCUAUCUGUCCCCACAAGGAAUGUUUUCUCACGGAGGACGUGGAAGCUAUCUGUCCCCACAAGGAAUGUUUUCUCACGGAGGACGUGGAAGCUAUCUGUCCCCACAAGGAAUGUUUUCUCACGGAGGACGUGGAAGCUAUCUGUCCCCACAAGGAAUGUUUUCUCACGGAGGAUGUGGAAGCUAUCUGUCCCCACAAGGAAUGUUUUGUCACGGAGGAUGUGGAAGCUAUCUGUCCCCACAAGGAAUGUUUUCUCACGGAGGACGUGGAAGCUAUCUGUCCCCACAAGGAAUGUUUUCUCACGGUGGACGUGGAAGCUAUCUGUCCCCACAAGGAAUGUUUUCUCCCGGAGGACGUGGAAGCUAUCUGUCCCCACAAGGAAUGUUUUCUCACGGUGGACGUGGAAGCUAUCUGUCCCCACAAGGAAUGUUUUCUCACGGAGGAUGUGGAAGCUAUCUGUCCCCACAAGGAAUGUUUUCUCACGGUGGACGUGGAAGCUAUCUGUCCCCACAAGGAAUGUUUUCUCACGGAGGAUGUGGAAGCUAUCUGUCCCCACAAGGAAUGUUUUCUCACGGAUGA